CAGUGCGUUGGGUCCGUCCGUCAGUGAAGGGUUAAACUGGGAGUUUGCAGCAGUCUCUCCUUUCUGUCCGCUGCUUUUAGCGGAAAACAUCUGACUACUGCUCGUUUUCCAAAAGCUGUGUUUGAUUUUACUCAUUUUGCACCGGAGCCGCGGAGGCAUCACGGGAACGAAAAAAAAAAAAAAAUAGGAUCACCGUUUCAACAAGAGAUUUCAUCAUCUCUCUGCGCGCUUUCACACAGACAAAGUUAAAGCAUGUGUGGGUGUUGAGAGUCAUCUGCUCGGUUGACCUCGCUGCCCCCGAACACGGAGCUGCACGUCUGCUUUACCCCCGACUGUCCACUUGUCCAGUGAGGCCCACUCCACACCAUGUCUGCAGAGGUGGAGAACAGCGUGCCCGUCCAUGCCGACCCCAGCCUCGCCUCCCCGGCUACAGGCUCGAUCUCCAACAGCCCUCCAGCCUCCCCUGCAACACCCACAUCCAAGGUCCCGUUCAAGAAAGAGAAGAAGAAAGUUGCAGAGAAGACAGAUGAGUACCUGCUGGGCAGGUUUCAAGGUGACGGCGUGAGGUACAAGGCGAAGCUGAUUGGCAUCGAUGAUGUCCCAGAGGCCCGGGGAGACAAGAUGUGCCAGGACUCCAUGAUGAAACUCAAGGGAAUGGCAGUAGCUGCUCGGUCCCAAGGCAAACACAAACAGAGGAUCUGGGUCAACAUUUCCAUGUCGGGCAUCAAGAUCAUUGAUGAGAAAUCAGGAGUGAUUGAACACGAGCAUGUGGUGAAUAAGAUCUCCUUCAUCGCCAGAGAUGUAACGGAUAACAGGGCGUUCGGAUACGUGUGUGGAGCAGAAGGACAGCAUCAGUUCUUUGCCAUAAAGACUGCACAACAGGCAGAGCCCCUGGUCAUUGACCUGAAAGAUCUCUUCCAGGUCAUCUUCAACAUAAGGAAGAAAGAGGCAGAGGCCUCACAGAAGGCUGAAAACGGCGCUGUGGUAGUUGAGAAUGGAAACGAUGCCUUGCUAAACAUGGACGGUGAAGUAAAAACUGCCCAACCAGUGGAACAGCUUGACCUUUUUGGGGCCAUGUCGACCCCCCCAGACAUCCAGGCUCCAAAUGGCUCUAAUGAUAUUCUCUUGCUGGACUUUUCCGCUGAAGUUGACAGCAAUCAGAAUUGCAUAAAGGGAAGCUCCUUUGUAACUUCCUGUGCCCCUGACCAUAGGGCAUCUCCCCAGACAGAGAACCCCUUUGCCUCGACAUUUGGCUACUUUCCAACACCAGACAGUGACCCUUUCAGAGAUGACCCCCUUUCUAAUUCGGCCACUCGGUCCGCACUCGAUAAUUCACAGAUCUUCCUCGCCACCAAUCACCUAAACAGCACUGCUGGCAGCACUAGUAAGACAAUUAUUAAUGGUGGUUUGAAUGGAAACUCUGAACACCUGAGUCAGCAGAUGAAUGGGUUAACCAGUAAGACCAUGAUCCUUGCUCUCAGUAAUGGACAAUGGCCACUAGGGGGCAAAAUAUCUCAAGGCAGCACAACUACCAUGAUGGACGGAAAUGAUUCUGGAGCAGUUCUCUCAACCAAAAACCCAUUUUUUGACUCAUCUUUGACAACUUCCCCUGUCACUAACGGCACAAGUCAUCACCCACAACCCCCUGUGACUCAUAGCAAGGAUUCAGUAGUCAUAAGUCCGCCUCCGCAGAGCUCUAAGGCCGGACGAGGUCGAAGGAGUGCAAAGUCGACAUCAAGUGAUCUGUUUGGAGCAGAGCUGUUUGCUGCUCCUGGUCAAACUGAGGGAUCAUCUGCACCAAAUGACUUUUUCAACAGUACACCAGCCAGCUCUGCUCCCGCCUCCAUAGCUGCUCUGGGGAACCUUCAGUUAGGUCCUCCAGCUACCACAAGUAUCCCUGCUGCAGGCAUGUGGGGAGCCUCCACCACUGCACCCUCCAUGUUUCCUAUGCCAGGAGUGACAUCCCCAGGCCCUAUGCCCAACUUCCCACAGCCCUCUGCCUUUGGUGGUCUACCCAUACCUCCCACAGCCUGGGGCCAGCAGAUGCCACCUCAGUUUGGCGUCCCGCCUAACGCCUGGGGCCAGCCUCCACCAACUGUGCCAGUUGGCGCUCCAGGUUGGGGUCAGCCCGCAAUGACCAAUCCUUUCCAUGCGGGCGCGUUCUCUGCAAUGGGUGACCAGCACGGUCCUUCACGCCCCCCACCUAGGCCACCUGCUAAAGAGGCCCCUCCAAAGGUAGAGAACAGUGCCUUCACAGCUUUGGACCCUCUUGGGGAUAAGGAGAAGAAGACUGGAAAAGACAUGUUCAAGGACUUCCAGAUUGCCAAGCCUCCAGCCAUCCCAGCGAGGAAAGGCGAGCUCGUGUCCAACUCUGCUCCGGACCCCAGCAGCGGUGAAGCAGGAGCGUUCGAUCAGUACUUUUCCAAUAAAGUGGGCCUGGUUCAGGAUGUCGCAGAUCACGAUGACUUUGAUAUCAAUCAAAUGCCAGCAGUCAACGAUGUCCGCAGUCUCGCUCCUGCUCCAGCUGCAGCCCCUGCUCCGAGCUUUAACCCCGGCCUCCUCGACAACGCCUUCUCCUCUGCUCCCGUCGCAAACAACGUAGCUCCGGCCCAGGGACACGGCCUCAAUCAGGACAAGUUUGAUGAAGCAUUUGGGGCCCCAAACUCCAGUCUGUUUGGAGUGCCACCUGUAACUAUGACUACAGCUGUUGGUCAGAACUCUGGUUCAACAGCUGCUUUUGGGGAUCCUUUUGGAAAUCCCUUUGCUUGACCACAACUUUGUCCACAAUGGAAAUAGAGUCAAUGGCGUAAAUGGAGAUCUUCACAUCAAAUAACAUCUUUGGGACAAUCUGCAACAUGUGCAAGACAAUCCAAAAUCCUUAUACUCUUCUAACUCUUGUCCCUGAUCCACUCGUCUUUUACACCUCCACCUUUUGAUGUUGUUUUUUUUCUAUCCAAUCAGUAGUUCCCUUAUUUCUGAAGACCACUGAUCCAAGAAGUAAAUGCUAUGUCAUGAUCUGCUGAAGAAAGAAACGUGGUGUGUGAGAGAAGGCAUGUCCAAAGAGGUUCACUGCUGAUGCUGUGUAUUAAAGAAAUAAAAGAAUAAUUCAAUCAUAA